ACGUUUCCGAAUUCUUCAGGGGUGCUCGCGACGCUGCGUAGACUCGGAAGUUUGGCUAUCAGUUUACACGUAGCCUGCAGUAAAUAAUCCGUCAGAGAUCCACCCAUUUGCUUUCUCCCUCCCCUCUUCCCUGGAGAAAUCCUCCCCGCUGGCUCUCCCGGGAAGGCACAGCCAGGAGUUCCAGGGCCCAAGUCUCCUUGGCAAAUGGUCUUUUGCUGAAACUCGCUUUCUGCCCUUACGGAGCCAUGCUUCGAGUGAUCGUGGAAUCUGCCAGCAAUAUCCCUAAAACGAAAUUUGGGAAACCGGAUCCUAUCGUUUCUGUUAUUUUUAAGGAUGAGAAAAAGAAAACAAAGAAAGUUGAUAAUGAACUCAACCCUGUCUGGAAUGAGAUUUUGGAGUUUGAUUUGAGGGGUUUUCCACUGGACAUUUCAUCUUCCCUUGGGAUUGUUGUGAAAGAUUUUGAGACAAUUGGACAAAAUAAAUUAAUUGGCACGGCCUCUGUUGCCCUGAAGGACCUGAUUGGAGACCAAAGCAGGUCACUGCCCUACAAACAGAUCACCCUGCUAAACGAAAGAGGACAAGACACUGGGGCCACCAUUGACUUGGUGAUUGGCUAUGAACCACCUUCAGUUCCACAUCCAAAUGACCCCAGUGAGACCAGCGUGCCAGGGAUGGGAGGUAAGCUGACCCUUCAUGAAGCCCUAGCCUACCCAAGGGAAUCUCAAAGCCUUCCUUAGCAUUACACUGUCUGUACCUCUCUGCUCUCCUGGACACCGACCCCAUGAGGCAAGUGAAGCCGCUUUGAAUCAGGACAUCAAAAUUGUUUACAAAAUGCCCUUAUUGAACAGCCUCAUGGUGAUUGUGUCCAGCACACAAACUCCAACAGGAAGUCCUGGGCAAGGCUUUGCUUCAGUUUGUGGCUUCCACCCUAUACAUAUGCCCUGGUUGUGAGGUUCCAGGUGUGUACUCUAGUCUCUUCACGUGUUUCUUCACCUCUUAAAUGUGCCAUUACUGGGCCGUGUUCUCAGCCACCAGUGUCAUGGUCAGCCCUUAGAGCACAGCUUCUUUCUCUUUGCCUUUGCCUUGACCCACAUGUAACCCCCAGUCAUAUGCUUCCUAUUCACUGCAUCUGGCAGUAUCAGGGAUCCCAAAGAACUUGUGAAGAUCUUGGCCAACUACUAUUGCAGAGCCUGGUGGGAGUCCUUUAAAACCAAGGACUUCCCUUGCCCAUGUAUAAAGUCAAUUUUCCCCUCACUGGUUUAUGCCCAAGUGCCUACUCCAAGUGGCACAGAGUUGUCCCUUGAAGGGCUAGCCUUGGGUUGGAGUUCAGAUCCCAUUCAGUUCACUGAUUGUAGCAGGGGGGAUGUCAGACGAUAGAUUCUGGUAGGAUAGUUGUUUUGGAAUUGGGAGGAUAUGAAAUUCUUUGCUGAUUGCUUGUUUUCUCAAUGAAAUAAGAAGUAAGGUCAUUAGCUGAUGGUGAGAAGGACAGUGACAGGAUGUCAGAAGCUUUCAAGGUGUA